CCCACUGCACUUUAGUCGCCAGACAUUUAUCGAAACGUGCACAUCACCAGCGGGCGUCCACCCACAGAAUAAUACACAUAUAUAUAUUGUUAUAGCCAAUAUAUCCUUCGAACCGAAAAAUACUCGCGAGUGCAAAUCAAAGUUUUCUAGCUUUUCUUUAUUUUUCCAGUGUGAAAAGUAAAGCAAUUGCAUCCAUCCAACAGAGAGAUUAUCCUUUCGCAAACAAACAAAACAGAAAUGGCCGCCUACGCUGCUUUCAAACACGUUGAGCUUUAUAAUGUGGGCAAAGCCAAAAAGAGGGUGCUGAGGCCUCCGGGCGGCGGAUCGAGCGACAUCUUUGGAUCGGAGAUGCCCCAGACCCCCAGGAAUGUAAAGAAUCGCAUGGUGUCCAACAUAUUCGCUGCCGAGAAAGAUAAUGGAGUGAAAAACAACGUACGACAAGGAGCUCACAGAUUCUAUUUCAUUGGUGAUGCACCACGUCGCGGCCAGAAGACCGUCGACUCCCACUCUCGGCUGUUUGGGGAACCCUCCCGCCCGAUCACGCCCGGCAAGAACCACAUGAAGAGCAGCAUUCCCUUUGGCGGACAGAACUCAGAGGCAGCCGCCGCCCAGAAGCUGCUGACCACCAAUGGCCACUACAACGGCAAGAGCGGAUCGGUGUCCUCUGCCUCGUCUUCGGUGUCGUCCUCGACCGAGAACCUCAAGAUGAACAACGGCUCGAGAUCAGUCUUCCGCAAUAUGAGCAAGGGAAAUCCUGUCACAGGCGAGGGCUACAAGGCAGGAGGCAACGACUUCCACCAGCGCCAGGAGUCUUCGAAUGGCGGCACUCCGGUGAUCAACAAGAACCGUGUCCCACCAGGCGGCUACUCGUCGGGACUCUGGUAAUGACGACAGGAAUUGCUCAGAUCCCAGCACAAGCAAUGUGGGGCCGUUGGCGGGACGAAACACCAUACAAGAAAGCAACAAAACAAGCAAAAAAUCAUACUACCCAUAUAAUAUUACGCAUACCCUACCCCUAAAUCCAAGAAAAACAGCUCAGAGAUCCAUCCGAAUGGCAGAUUAAAGAGAGAUGGCCAACGAAUAUUUAAGCGAGAGAAUAACAAUUGCUCAACGAUCUGAAGAUGCAGGAGAAGAGCAUCGAUGCUGUACACCCAAACACCCAAACGAGAAUUAAUCAACCACAUUUAAGCGGCCGACGCACUUUACCUAUCACUACCAACCACCAAACCAUCACCACCCCAUUGCAAAUCUGUAAUUUAAAUUCCUUAGUUCGUGUAAUUCCAUGUAACGCGUGUAGCCUGUAGCCCCCACAAGAUACGCCCACGUUGAAGCAUCCGAUCCCCGCCCCGGCAUCACCUGCGUAUUAUUUGAUAUUCCGGUUAGGUAGGACACCUUCUCUACGUUACUGCGAUGCGAACGGAGGCGGUCGGAUGGGAUCCUUCGAACACCUUUGGACUUUCGAUUUAAUUCUAGUUGCAUACUACACGCCACAUCUAUAUUUAUAUUUAUACCAACCGCAUUCACACGAACACUCACAUAAACACAUACAUAAUAUACAAUGUAUUGCAUUACAUUAAACAUGUAAUUUAAACGGUACGCCUGUACGUACUAAUGUGCACGUACUAAUUAAGUGUAAAAAUACAAAAUUCAAGCGCGAAUCUUUGUUCAAUAAAAACCUUUCGUACAUAA